AUGGCUGGUCGUGGUUUUCCAGAACUAAUCAAGCAAGCCGGAAUUAUCAAAGAAACUGCUAGUAUCAACUAUGUGUUUCCAAAUGCCCCAGAGAUCCCCAUUACAGUCAACGGUGGCUACAGAAUGCCAGGAUGGUUUGACAUCCAUGAGUUUGGCAACCCCGAUGCAAGACAAGAUGUCGAUGGAUUUUUUUCAAGUUGCGAAUACUUGAAAAAAUUAAUUAAUGAACAGAUCAAUGAUCACAAUAUAAGUGCAGACAAAAUCAUUAUUGGUGGGUUUUCUCAAGGUGCUGCCGUCGCAUUGUCUACUGUCGCCUUGCUUGAUAUCAAGAUUGGAGGAGUGGUGGCCUUAUCUGGUUUCUGUCCAGUUCGUAAAGAGCUUGGAGCCAAGAGCAAUAAAGAUGGUACUAAUUAUCAGACUCCCAUAUUCCAGGGCCAUGGCACUGCAGACCCGGUGGUGAACUUUUCCUAUGGUGAACAAACCAGUCAGUAUUUCAAAGAUAUGGGAUACAAAAACUUGACGUUCCACUCGUACCCUGGGAUAGCACACACUGCCAGUGACGAAGAGCUUACUGAGGUGAUGAAGUUCAUAAAUAAAAUCAUAGAAAAGUAA